UACUAAGCAUUUAAAAAAUGGAUAUUAAAAAUAUCAAAGAUAAAAAUACUCGAUCUUCUAGAAGGAAUUAUUAUUCAGAUAUUAUGUUAGGUAUAAAACCAGUUGGCCUACCUUCUGCUUCAAGAAGAACCAACCUUGCAUCGCAAAUUCUCACGGAACAGUACAGUCCGAUUGUAGAAGGUCUUAAAGUACAAAGAACGCAAAUUUUUCUUGGCGCUGCUGAGCGAUGGAUAACUUUCCCUGAAGACAAAUCUAUUGCAUUUCCGGCGGAAACUUUUUUACCAAAAGUACAGAUGGCAUAUACUGACGAUUCAAAGAUUCCACCACAUAAUAUCGAAAUGGAAAGAAAACGAAAAAUAUAUAAAAAUCUUAAGAUAGAAGAUGCUUUGAAAGCGGAGAAUAUCAAGCCAUAUGACAUAUUACCUUUUGAAAAAAUUUGCCCACUACUUUCCGACAAAGAGAAAUACAGUUUAUACUCUAAGACAAGUUAUUUACCAUUGGAAUUGUUUGAUGACGAAGAAUACGAUUGUAGAACGACAGAAGAAUGGAUAAAUUUGGGCAUCAUUGAUGGUAUUCGUUAUCCGUUACCAGCCACAGUAUUUGUCGAAAGGAUUAUAGAUAAGAAAAAGAUAUUUGAUCGCUAUAACAUACUCAAUAAUUUGUACGGUUGGUUUCAUGCCGCCGUUACGGAUUAUAAUAACGAACAGAAAUUGUGGACUGUCCUCACUCUAGACGGUCUUAAGCGAAAAUUCCUUCUGCCUAGAAUAUAUAUUCGAUUUUUUGGAGAGGAUCCUAGAAAAUUUGCCAAGAGAGUGGCUGCUGCUGUUAAACAAAGACAAAUUGCGGAGACUAGUAUCAGAUACCACUUUUAUUUGGACUGCAUGCUAGUAGAAGGUAUACCGACACUGGAUGAAAAACAACAGGAAGUUAUAAUUCUGUUAACCACGCGAAAAGAUUUCGUGAAGUCUGAAUCCAAACAUCUUUUCAACUUGAUAGACGAAGUUGUUUUGGAAUAUCGUCGCGUCAUGUGCGAUCUUAUGUGGAGAUCCCUUAUAUGGGAACAACCGGAAAUGUUUAAUUUCAUUUCAUGGAACGAAAUUAAUGACAUUCACGAACUUAAAAUACCAGAAAUGGGAAAGUUUGGCACUGAAAUGGAAGACUUUACGAAAACAAAAAAUUUUUUCUGCUGGACAAUUUUGUACGUUUUGCCGGAAAUAUACGAAGCUAUGAGUUGUGUAAUCGUCGAAUGCAGUAACAUAUUGAAUAUGAAUCUCUUUGUCUCGAAUUACGGAAAGUCUAUGUACCUGUUAGAGUUUGAGUCGCAGCAGCAGCAAGAGACUAAUACAGUGAUAAAGUAUCUGAAAGAAAUGUGGUUGGAAAGGAUUAUACAGUCGGUUAGAUUAUGUUUAAGAGAUAUCGGAAAAGAAUGGUUCGAUCUUGAGCAGAAGAACCAUGAUGAAUACAAUAUGAUGAAAUUGAAACGAUUUAUGACUCUUAUUACAUAUCGAAUGCAGGAUGCGCUUCGGGAUCUCGUGAAGAAAUCGAUGGCCUUAUACUUAGAAAUUUUGGAAACUCCAGCUCUUUGUACAUUAAAUGUGGAUGAAAAUUUUGUGUGGGGUAAUGAUCUAAUAAACACACACUUUAAAUCUUCAGUGAAUCCUAUCUUUAUUAUUGAUAUCGCUAUGAAUGACAAAACUGCUUAUUAUUUAACGGAUCUUGAAUCAUUUGUGGAAAUUAUUAUAGCUAUAUUAGACAAUUCUUUGAGGCAGUGCCAACAAAUUGGAAAAGUUCAUCCUUUCUUGUUACCUUUCCUGAAAUUUCCCAAAGAUCUGUAUCUCAGCUCGGUCGACUUAUUAGAGAAACAGGUUUGUGAAGUUCGAGAACGCCUGAGGACCGCUUAUCAGAAGUCUACAAUACCUCUAAAGGCAUACGUGAAGGAAUAUCAGCAAUAUUUAGAAUUUUACAAACUGGAUGUCGAAAAAUAUGUGGAGAAUUUCAAAAAAGCAGACCACACUAUUGUGGAGAUCAGAGAUGAAGUAUCGUUCCACUUUAAGAUGAAAUCGAUCCUCGAGCUCGCACUUCCAAAGGAUAUUGCCAUAGGACCUUUCUACGUGAAUGUCCGUCCUCUCAGGGACUUUCUUAUACAGAAACGACAGAACUGUUACACGCAGUUACUUAUUAUGUUUACCGAGAGCUUAAGAACGAAGAUAGAUGUCGUUUUGUCUGAUUACGUGCAGAUUAGAACAAGGCUAAGGACAACACUACGCAAUAUUGAACAUUUGUUCGAAGAACAGGAUUGGAUAGAAACUGUACCGCUGAGAGUGAAAAAACUGGAUGAAAUCGUACAAAAAUUGAAAUUUCAAUACGACAUUCUUGAUCACUUCUGGUGGAAUCUAUCUGAUGGAGACUUUGAAAUCAAAUGGCAAGCUAUCGGUUUUCCGCGACAAGUGCAGCUAUAUAUGGAAGAAGCAAAGAAUCGCUUUGUCAGUGAAUAUGAAAAAUUUCAUAAAGUACAAGUACAAGAAGAAAUUCUUUUAUCAGAAAGGAUUGACACACUCAUGGGAAACGUUAUAAAUGUGACACUACAAACAGAUAUCAAGAAAAUACAUGAAAUGGCUGUAGAAGUAAAAAGGAUUUUAAAAAUAAUGAAAGAAUGUCAAGAAUUUGGCUUAUUGUUGAAUGAACGGCAAAAAUUAUUCGGUAUGGAUGUUGUGCCGUAUGAACAAUUAAAUACAUUAAUAAAGGAAUUCGAACCAUACCAAACCUUAUGGAUUGCUGCAUCCAAUUGGUUAAAAUGGCAGGAAAUAUGGAUGGAAAAUCCUCUGGUAAGUUUCGAUGCGAAUCAAAUCGAAAAUAUGACUGCCGAUACGCACAAAGCGAUAUCGCGUUGCGUAAAAGUAUUUCAAGAAAAUCCAAAGAUGAUUGCUAUAGCAGUCACGGUAAAGAAUCAAAUCGAAGCAUUUAAACCAUACAUCAGCGUGAUACAAGCUUUGCGAUGUCCAGGAAUGAAAAAUCGGCACUUUGAAGAACUUAAUAAAAAAAUUGGUAUACAAAUGGCACUCACGCCAACUUUAUCUUUUAAGAAUCUACUUAUUCUUAAUGUAAUGAAACACAAGGAAACUGUGAAGACCGUCGCAGACACGGCAUUAAAAGAAUUUUUAAUAGAAAGUACACUAGAUAAAAUGAUGACUGACUGGAAAACAAUUACAAUGGAUGUUCUUCCUUACAAAGAUACAGAUAAAUAUAUCAUGAAAAUUUCCGAUGAGAUCAUUACUUUCUUGGACGAUGAUUUACUUAAAACUCAACAUCUUAGUUUUAAUCCUUUUAAAGCUGUUUUCGAGAACCAAAUCGAUGAGUGGGAAACUAAAUUGAGAUUAGUUCAGGAAGUGAUCGUUCUAUGGGUGGAAGUACAAAAGCAAUGGAUGUAUUUAGAACCAAUAUUUGCAUUUGAAGAUAUUAGUCAACAGUUACCUGUAGAAUCGCGUAAAUUUAAUACGAUGGAGCGCAACUUAGAGCGAAUUAUGGGAAAUGCUCGUGAUUGCCCAUAUGUAAUUAUAACGUGUGCGGAUAAAAUCUUAUUAUCAACUUUGAAAGAAUGUCUCUUAAUCCUAGAAACUAUUAAGAAAGAUUUGUCCGAUUAUUUGGAGACUAAACGAAUGAUUUUUCCGCGCUUCUUCUUCCUAAGCAAUGAUGAACUUCUGGAAAUAAUUGUUCAGUCCAAGGACAUUCAAGCGAUCCAACCAUAUUUAAAGAAAUGUUUUGAAAACAUGGAGGAAUUGAGAUUUGAGAAUUCAGAUCUUAGGAUAACGAGGAUGUAUUCUGCUGAAUACGAAGAGGUUGUGCUACGGCCAACAAUUUAUCCCAAAGGAAAUGUGGAGAAUUGGCUAGGACAAGUUGAGAAUGCGAUGCGCAAUACCCUACGAGAGAUCAUCGGCGAGGCCCUCGAAAUAAUAGACACGACACCGCGAAAGGAAUGGGUGUACAUGUGGCCGGGCCAAGUAGUUCUUUGUGGAGGUCAAACACAUUGGACUGCCCACGUGGAGGAAAGUAUCGCAAACAACACUCUGCCUGACUAUUAUAAUUACAUGUUGCUACACCUUGAAGAAUUGCAAAAGUUAAUACGCGGUCCGCAAACUGAAGUACAAAGAUUAAUGCUGGAGGCCGUAAUGACAAUUGAAAUUCACGCCAAGGAUGUUUUGUAUAAAUUGAUUCAAGAGAGAUUAAUCGAUAUCAACGGAUUCGAGUGGAUCUCUCAAUUACGAUAUUAUUGGGUUGAUAACAAGGAUUUGAAGAUUCAUGCGAUAAAUGCUGAAUUUCCAUACGAAUAUGAAUAUUUAGGUAAUAAUGGAAGAUUGGUGAUUACACCAUUGACCGAUCGCUGCUAUCUCACUCUUAUUAGUGCAUUGUAUUUGAAAUUCGGUGGUGCAUUAACUGGCCCGGCAGGCACCGGCAAAACGGAAACUACAAAGGAUCUCGCAAAAGUAUUCGCAGUUCAGUGCGUAGUUUUCAAUUGUUCUGAUCAACUAAAUUUUCAAUCUAUGGGAAAAUUUUUUAAAGGACUUGCCAGCACCGGUGCAUGGGCGUGUUUCGAUGAAUUCAAUCGAAUCGACAUCAAAGUUUUAUCCGUUAUAGCGCAACAAAUCAUGACCAUUCAAAAAGCACAACAAACACGAGCAAACAAAUUUCUUUUCGAAGAAGUAGAACUUACACUGAAGCAAUCUUGCGCUGUAUUUAUCACUAUGAAUCCUGGUUAUGCGGGUCGAACGGAAUUACCUGACAACUUGAAAGCACUUUUCCGGCCGAUUGCUAUGAUGGUGCCAAAUUAUGCUCUUAUCGCUGAAAUAUCUCUAUUCUCGUAUGGCUUCGUGGAUGCCGCAAAUCUUGCCAGAAAAAUUACGACGACUUUUAAGCUGACCUCAGAACAACUAAGCUCACAAGAGCAUUACGACUUUGGUAUGCAUGCGGUGAAGACUGUUAUUGUGGCUACUGGCAAUUUGAAAAGAGAGCAGAAAGAUCUUGAAGAAGACCAAAUUUGUCUGCGCGCCUUGAAAAAUUUUAAUGUGCCCAAAUUUUUGAAGGACGACUUGAAAUUGUUUAACGACAUUAUAUCAGAUCUCUUCCCAGAGCUAAUCGAGAAACCAGUGAAUUAUGGAAUCCUAGAAGCGGGCAUCCGCAGAUCUAUUAGACAAAUGGGUUUAGAAGAUGUCGAUGACUUUGUGAGAAAGGUAGUGCAGCUGUACGAGACUACUUUGAUGCGUAACGGAUUAAUGCUCGUGGGUUUAACCAGUUCGGGAAAGACUAAGUGUUACAAAGUCCUAAAGCACACAUGUACAAGUUUGAAAGGUCAAUUGCAACCAAAUGGCAAGCCGUUUACAACAGUUAUCACGUAUGCAUUGAAUCCGAAGGCUAUAACAAUGAGACAACUGUAUGGCGAGUACGAUCUCGAUACACAUGAAUGGACAGAUGGAAUAUUACCAACUUUAAUACGAACGGAUAUAGCAACGGCAGAUUGCGAUAAACGAUGGUAUAUUUUUGAUGGACCAGUCGAUGCAGUAUGGAUUGAGAAUUUGAAUACUGUCCUGGAUGAUAAUAAAAAGCUUUGUCUCGCAUCGGGGGAAAUAAUGAAGCUACUACCAACUCAAACCAUAAUGUUUGAAGUAUCAGAUCUUCGAGUAGCCUCACCGGCUACAGUUUCAAGAUGUGGUAUGGUGUAUAUGGAACCAGAAACUGUAGGCUUGCAACCUUUGAUCGAUUGCUGGAUACGAUCAUUACCAAUGGCGAUGAACGAUUACAUCGAAGAAAUAACUGUGUUAACAACUCAAUUGGUGCUUCCCGGUCUGAAAAUUGUACGCGAGAGUUUACAAGAGAUCGUAAGAACUGUAGAUUCCGCUGUUGUUCAAUCUUAUAUAAAUCUAAUGAACUUCAGAAUUAGACCGAUGGUCGGACGUGAAGAAAAAGCACCACCGAGUUUAGCUUUCCAAAAUAUUAUACCGGAUUUGCUGUCACCAUGGGCAGCUUUCGCCACUGUUUGGGGAUUAGGAGCAACUUGCGAUUACAAAAGCCGCUGCAUAUUUAAUGAUUGGUUGAGAAGAGUACAAAAGGAUGCCAAGCAUAAAAUACCAUUUCCAGAAGAAGGUCUCGUAUUUGAUUACAGGUUACACGAUGGAUUCACUGAUCCAAUCGAGGGUCAGGAGCCAAUUCCACCAAAGUGGUACAAGUGGUUGGACGGAGUUUUAUCUAUCACAGUAAAGCCAAAAAUAAAAUACAUGGACAUCAUAAUUCCAACUACGGACAGCGUACGAAGCGCAGCAUUAAUCGAAUAUCUCCUCACUAAUGAGACAAAUAUACUUUGCGUGGGUGCAACCGGAAGCGGCAAAACUCUGACGGUGUCAGUGAAACUGUCACGUAACAUGCCAAAGAAAUACAUUUGCGAUUUUAUGACGUUCUCGGCAAGAACCACGGCGCAUCAAACACAGGAUUUAAUUGACACGAAAUUAGACAAGCGACGCAGAGGUAUCUACGGGCCGCCUAUCCUGAAAAAGCAAGUUUUCUUCAUCGACGACUUGAAUAUGCCGGCAUUAGAUACGUGUGGCGCUCAACCACCGAUUGAAUUAAUUCGCCAAUUCAUGAAUUUUAACGGGUGGUAUGACAAAAGGAAGAUCGGAUCCUUCAGGCUGAUCGAGAACGUGAAUUUCGUCGCAGCUAUGGGACCUCCCGGAGGUGGAAGAAACCCAAUAACAGCUAGACUUUUACGGCAUUUCCAUAUUAUUGCAUUUCCAGAGAUGCAGGACGAUGCGAAAUCGCAUAUUUUUAAAACAAUUCUUGACUCAUGGAUGUCAAGCAUACCAGAAUUUUAUGAUCUACUGGAUGACAUAGUGGACUCCACUUUAAAAGUUUUCGCAGUUAUACGCAGCGAAAUGUUGCCAACUCCCAAUAAAUCGCACUACACCUUUAAUCUUCGCGAUGUGAACAAAGUGUUCCAAGGCAUUCUUAUGGCAGAUGCAAAAAAAAUUUUAGUUCGCGAAAAAUUAUUAUUACUUUGGUAUCAUGAAAAUAUUCGAGUCUUCAGCGAUCGCUUUAUAAAUGACGAUGAUAAAAAAUGGUUUGAUCAGCUCUUAUGCGACAUAUUGAUGAAAAAAUUCCAUUAUAACGUGGACGAUAUUAUCGGAAAGAAACCAUUAUUUUAUAACGAUUUUUGUAAUACAGUAGGAAACUAUGAAGAGAUAAUAGACAUCGAAAAAAUGAGAAAUAUUCUACUUGAUUAUUUAGACAGUUAUAAUGAUUUAACGACAUCACCGAUGCAAUUAAUAUUUUUUGAAGAUGCAAUAAAUCAUAUUUGUAGAAUCACACGAAUACUUAGACAACCUGGAGGAAAUGCCUUACUGCUUGGAAUAAGUGGAUCAGGACGUCGAAGCUUGACAAAGCUUUCAUCGCAUAUCAAGGAAUACAAUUGUUACCAGAUUGGAAUCAGUAAAGCUUAUACAACUCACGACUGGCGAGACGACAUCAAAAACAUAAUGCUAAAAGCAGGAUUGCAAGAUCAACCUAUUGUCUUUUUAUUUUCUGACAUGCAUGUAAAAUGCAGACCAGAAAAUGUGGAGUUAAAUGAAAAAGUAACGAAUGACUCGAUGCUGGAGGAUUUAAACAACAUCUUAAAUAAUGGAGAUGUACCGAACAUAUAUCAAACUGAUGAAGUGGAUCAAAUAUAUCAAGCAAUGCGAGUACCAGCACAAGAGGCUGGAUUACAAAUCAAUAGAAGCAACCUUUUCUCCGUUUAUCAGAAAGCAGUAAAAAACAAUUUCCACGCUGUCAUUACGAUGAGCCCGAUUGAAGAUACAUUUCGCGCUCGCAUCAGACAAUUCCCGGCACUAGUAAAUUGUUGUACUAUUGAUUGGUUUUGCCCCUGGCCGGAUGCCGCACUUCAGAGCAUAGCAACACAUUUUCUGUUGGAUAUCAAAGACAAGUCGAUCUCGAAUGAUAUUUUGCAGUCUAUCGUAAAAAUAUGCAAGUAUAUACACUGCAGUGUGAUCGACGCUAAUGAUCGCUUCUUAAAAGAACUGGACCGUCAUAAUUAUGUUACCCCAGCAUCAUAUUUAGAACUGCUAUCGAAUUAUGGUGAUCUUUUAAAAAAGAAGAAAGAUGAAUUAAAUUCUUCAAUGAUACGUUUGUCCACUGGACUAAAUAAAUUUGCGAAUACAGAAACAGAAGUGAAAGACAUACAAGAGAUACUGAAACGAAUGAAGCUUGAGUUAGAGCAAGCUACAGAGACUACAGGAAGAAUUAUACAUGAGAUUACACAAGACACAAUUGAAGCAGAAAAGACCAAAGUGAUGGCUAUGCAACAAGAAGCAGCGAUAUUAAAAAUGAAAGAAGAGAAUAAAGAAAUCAGAGAUGAAGCGGAAGCAGAUUUGAGUGAAGUAAAGCCAAUGCUCGAGGCUGCUGAAGCCAGUUUAAAGGCACUAAAUAAGAGGAACAUUACGGAAGUAAAGGCGAUGAAAAGACCGCCAGUGGGAGUACUCUUAGUGAUCGAAGCAAUAUGUAUUAUAAAUAACGUGGCACCAAACAAGCUUCCUGGAAAACUUCCCGGUGAGAAAAUAUUGGAUUAUUGGACUCCUGGAAUUCAAAUGCUAGCAGAUCCAGUUUAUUUUUUAUAUACAAUGGCACAUUUCAAAAAGGAAGAUAUCACGGAGGAAAUUAUCAAUAAAUUAAAAGACUAUGUAGAAAAUCCCAAUUUUCAACCAGAUAAAAUACUUCAAGUUUCGAGGGCUUGCCAUUCUUUAUGUUUGUGGAUCCGUGCUAUGUACAACUAUUAUUUCGUAAAUAAGAAAGUCGCACCCAAAAUGGCAGCCUUGGAAAAAGCAGAGAAAGUUCUCAUUAAAACCGAAACAGCACUGGCAGAUACUAUAACGAGACUUCAAGAGAUUCAGGAAGAAAUUGAAAAAUUGCAAGAUCAAUUGAGAGAAGAGGAAGCAAAGAAAGUUGAAAUAAAAAGAGAGAAGCAGCUUUGCCAAGAACGAAUAGCACGAGCUGUAAGACUAAUUCUAGGCCUGUCGGAUGAACAAAAACGAUGGAUUAUUAUGGUAGAUAAUAUAAAAAUGUCUUUAAAGAAUGCUGUCGGUGAUAUUCUUUUAUCAUCAGGUGCAAUUGCAUACCUAACACCCUUCACGGACACUUAUCGCCAAAAUCUCUUGGCAACCUGGUACGAUGCUCUUGGUGAAGAUGUUCCUCACACUCCCGGGUGCAAUCCGAUAUUAACACUCGGCAAUCAAAUGGAAAUAAGAAAUUGGCAUAUGAAUGGUUUACCAAAAGAUACCCUAUUCAUCGAGAACGCAAUUCUUGUGAUGAAUUCCAAACGAUGGCCCCUCUUCAUUGACCCUCAGGCACAAGCAAAUAAAUGGAUACGUAAUAUGUGCAAACCGAUUGGACUUUCCAUUGCAAAAAUGACGGAUAAAGAUUUAUUGCGUACUAUUGAAAAUUGUGUGCAAUUCGGAAAACCGUGCUUGAUAGAAAACAUCGGUACUGAAAUGGAAGCUUUUCUAGAUCCUAUUCUCGCUCGUGCAUUGUUCGGUCACGCUGGACAGCCGAGCAUCAAAAUUGGCGAAAAUAUAGUAUCCUACAAUUUCGAUUUCCGUCUUUACUUGACUACGAGAUUAUCUAAUCCCCGUUAUACACCAGAUACAGCGACAAAAGUACUGAUAGUCAAUUUCACGCUGACUGCUGGCGGUCUUGCCGAUCAAAUGCUAUCUCUGGUUACUAUAAAGGAGCGUCCUGAUCUUGAAUACGAAAGGAACGCACUUAUCGUAUCGAGUGCUGAAAUGAAACAGGAUCUGGAGGAGAUCAAGGACAAAAUUCUUUACAGACUCACGGUAUUUGAAGGAUCAAUAAUUGAUGAUAUUGAUUUAAUUUGUAUCUUGGAGACUUUAAAAACUAAGAGUGAGGAAAUCAAGAUGAAGAUGGAGACUAUUGAGCUUACACAAACAGACAUUGAUUUUACAAGAUCAUUAUAUAUGCCAGUAGCAAACCGGGCACAAAUAUUGUUCUUUUGUAUCGCCGAUCUCCAACGUAUCGAUAUCAUGUAUCAAUACUCUUUAGAAUGGUUUGUUGUUAUAUUCAAUAGGAGCAUAUCUAAUACCAAAAUAAAUGAUAAUAUUAACGAACGAAUUGCUAACAUCAACGAGAACCUCACAUUUGCUUUCUUCACGAAUGUCUGUCGCAGCUUAUUCGAAAAACAUAAAAUGCACUUCAGUUUUCUCGUCUGCGCACGUAUUCUUUUAGAUAAUGGUACAAUCGAUCCAAUGGAAUGGCGACACUUUCUUACAACAACCACACCUAUACGGAAGUUGCCAAAUCCCGCAUCAGAAUGGAUUACCGCACGAUGCUGGCAGGAAAUUCAAGCUUUAGAGCGACUUCCAAAGUUCGACAAAUUUAUCACAUCUUUCCAACUAUCGUUACGUCAAUUUAAAAACAUAUUCGAUACUCAGGAAGCACAUUUAGCACCAUUUCCUCAACCAUGGGAGACAAAACUCGACGAUUUUGAAAAGUUACUGGUACUCAAGUGCUUACGGCCCGACAAGAUCAUCAAUGCUAUACAAAUUUAUUUGACAAAAUAUCUGGGACAACAAUUUGUUGAACCCCAAACUACAGAAUUAUUAGCAAUUUAUGAAGAAUCGUCCAACACCACGCCAAUUGUCUUUAUUUUGUCGCCUGGUACUGAUCCAGCUGCAGAGUUGUAUAAGUUCGCCGAAAAGUUAAAAAUGGAUAGAAAAUUGUAUUCUAUAUCUCUUGGUCAAGGUCAAAAAUUCAGAGCACAAGCUAUGCUGAAAAAAUCAGCGGAAAUGGGCACUUGGCUCUUCUUUCAAAAUUGCCAUUUGGUACCAAGCUGGAUGCCAAAACUUAAAUUUAUGAUCGAAACGUUAUCACCAGAAAAAACUCAUCAUAACUUUCGAUUAUGGUUGACGUCUGCACCGUCGCCUGACUUUCCAAUCAGUAUUCUUCAAAAUAGCAGCAAAAUGACAAUUGAAUCACCGCGGGGUGUAAAGGCCAACAUGUUACGUACAUAUCUGACACAAGUCACGGAAAUACAAGAGUUUCUGCAAUCCGAUCACCUGAAAGCUCUGUCAUUCAAGCGGCUUAUAUUCUCACUUUGCAUGUUUCACUCAAUCCUGAUUGAGAGACGGAAAUUUGGUCCCCUCGGUUUCAAUAUAUCCUACGAUUUCACAAACGGCGAUUUAGCUAUAUGCUUGUCACAAUUGCAUAUGUUCCUCAUGAAAUACAAUACUUUGCCGUUUAAGGUUCUUAUAUAUACUGCCGGGCAUAUCAAUUAUGGUGGGCGAAUAACAGAUGAUUGGGAUCGUCGAUGUGUCUUGACACUUCUCGAAGACUAUUACAAUGCUAAUGUCAUUUCUCAAGAUUAUCAAUUUGAUGAAAAAGAAUUUUAUCAUCAGUUACCGGCUGCAGCGACAUUCAAGGAUUAUCUAGAGUACAUAAAAGAUUUCCCUUUAAACGACAAUCCGUCAUUGUUUGGCAUGCAUUCAAACGCCGAUAUAAGCUAUGCACAAGCAGAAGCACAUGCUUGCCUUACAACUUUAUUAAAGAUGCAGCCUAGGGAACUUGGCGUUGCAGCCACAAGUGUCGAGGAGGUAACAACUCAAAUAACCAAGAAUAUGAUAGCCACAAUGCCCGAAUCCUUUGAUUUAAUCGCAAUGCAAGCAAGGUACCCUAUGUCGUACGAGGAAUCCUUUAAUACCGUGUUACUACAAGAAGCUAAGCGAUAUAACGAUUUACUCGAAAUCGUGCAAUCAACGUUGCAAGAUCUUUUAAAAGCUUUAAAAGGAUUGGUCGUCAUGUCAGAACAGCUAGAAAUGAUAGCUACCAGUUUUUUUAAUAAUAAAAUACCUGUAAAUUGGCAAAGCAAAAGUUAUCCUUCUCUAAAAUCUUUAGCCGGAUGGUUCGUCGAUUUAAGGGAAAGAAUUAAAUUUAUAAGCAAUUGGCGAGACCAAGGUAUACCGCCUGCGUUUUGGCUGUCAGGAUUUUAUUUUCCUCAAGCCUUUUUAAUUGGCACGUUACAAAAUUUUGCGCGUAAAUACGUAUUAUCCAUUGACACAAUCGAUUUUAGCUACAAGAUUUUAACUUCCAAACCAACGCAGAGACCAUUGAAUGGCUGUGUCAUUUAUGGACUUUUUUUAGAAGGCUGCCGGUGGGACGGAAAGUAUCUCGUCGAGUCUUUACCAAACGAAUUAUUCACCGACAUGCCGCCAAUUCUCGUAUUACCAGAAGUUCAUCACGUAAUUGCGCCUUACAAAAUUUAUGUAUGCCCUGUAUACAAAACUAUCGAGCGAUCUGGAACUUUAAGCACAACAGGACAUUCCUCGAACUUUGUUCUAGCGAUAGAAAUUCCAACUGACAAACCGCAAUCACAUUGGAUAAAAAGAGGGGUGGCAUUGAUAUGUACUUUGGACUAUUAAUAUUUCUUUGUUGCUAUAUA